CUGCUGUAAUUUGGUGAAAGUGAAACAACAGAAUGUGAUAUUUGAAAAAGAGUACUAAGUAAAUAUAAAUAAUAGGUUUUAAGUGGUUUUUGCGUUGAUAAUUAAUAAGCAUUACCUUACAACUUGCAAGAUAACAGUCCGAUAUUCGUGUAGUGGUCCAUUCGACGGGAUUACAAUGAUAUUGUGUCAUCACUAUGUUUAUGUGUGUGACCCACCUUGUCGCUUGUGUGCUUGAAAGCUUGGAGUGGUGCGUCUGAAGAUACAUAGAAGUGACAGUGGACCUAUCAGUUUUGUGGCACCAAACUGCAGAGGUACUUUGUAUGCUUCACAAGUGCAAAACUAGCCCAAGUUGCACCAGGAAACGAAUUCGAAUAAAAAUGCUGUACAUUUGUGAGAAUUGAUGGAAGAACCCAGCUGUUAUCUCAACAAUGAAUAUUAAGUUACCUCUUGUUCCUAUUGCUGUUGCACUUUCGCUUUCGGGCAUUAGUGCUGUGCUGCUGUAUAUUCUUUUAAAAAAUAACGAAGAUGAAUACGAAGUAAUUGACAAAGCUAGAUACGCUAAAUAUGUGACAUUAGAAGUGAAGAUUCCAAAAGAAAGUGUUGGUGUAGUCAUUGGACGAGGUGGGUCCAACAUAAAGCAGAUUCAGGAGGAAACAUGCACAAAAAUCUCUAUGAAAGAAGAAAAGGAAGAAGAAAUUUACAAUAGGAUUUGUGAGAUAAGAGGAAUGCCAGAAGCAGCUGAGAAGGCACGCUUAAUGAUUCGUAACAUAAUUAUGAACCAGCCAUUAAUAACAACACGGGAAACCUAUGUGCCUGAGUCAGCUUGUGGCAGAAUAAUUGGUAAAAAUGGCACAAAUAUCCGAAAUAUAUCGAGUGCAUCUUCUGCACGAAUACAAAUAGAUAGAUAUUCAUCAUCUAGAGAUACAUAUGGUGGUAACGUGGAACCUGAGCGACGAGUGAUCAUUAAAGGCACAGAAGAACAGAUAGAAUUGGCUAUAGCAUUAAUAAAAGAGAAGGUGGAGGAGGACCGAGAGAUACGGUCAAAAAUGCAAGAGAGUAUUGCCAACCGUUCUCCUAGGAAACCAGAUAAAGCUCUGUGUCUGACUGCUGCUGCCACUAAUGAUUCCUCAUCAAGCCACAAGUCAUAUGUGUCAGAGAAACUGAAUCCUGCUGGAGGAGAUGGCUACAUUCCUGUUUUUGUUUCUGCUUUGACAGAUCCUGGCUGUUUCUUUGUGCAGUUGGUGGGACAACAUGCAGUUGAACUAGACCAUCUUGUAGAAGAAAUGACGCAGUAUUACAGCAAAGAGGAAAAUCAAGAAAUUCAUAGAGUAAAUGAGAUAAGUGUAGGACAGCUAGUGGCAGCACCCUUUACUAAUGAUGAAAUGUGGUAUAGGGCCAUAGUGAGAAAUGUUACUCUGGAUGAGUACGAUCCAAAAGAAAGUGACUUGCUGCUUUUCUAUCUUGAUUACGGGGACUCUGCUGAUGUCAAGCAGAAACAGGUGUUUCACUUGCGAACAGACUUCUUAAGACUCCGAUUCCAGGCUAUUGAAUGCUGCCUCGCAAACGUUAAGCCAAAAGAUGAUCAGUGGUCAGAAGAAGCUAGGGAACUCAUGGAGGAUUUGUGCCAUGUGGCACAGUGGGUUGUAAUUAUGGCACGAGUGGAUGGAUACAGAGAGCGGCCACGUACAGACCAGCAACAAGAGCGUGAAGGCAGUCCUGUUCCGUGUGUAUCACUUGUCAACACCACAGGACCCAAGGAUGUACCUGUUGCAGCAGAACUUGUUAAACGUGACCUAGCUGAAUGGGAGAAGCCAGUUGCUACAGAAACAAGUUCAAGUGCAAAUAACAAUAUGGCAGAGAAGACUGUAAAUGGUGUCACUAAUUCGGAAAGCAGUUCUCGUACAUCAAACUUGUCAUAUGAAAAUGGUGAACAUAAACAGUCAUUACCUCUGUUGCCAGACAGUGAUUCGGAUGAAGAAAGUGAUUUGGAAAUUACUUAAUGUUAUCCUUGGAACAAUCAUUUCACAUUUCUGAUAGUUUUUAUUUAUUCUCCGGAUGUUUAUGUUAGUGAAAUUGAGUUCCUUUAAGUAAUUUCUAUAUCAUUUACUGCUUUCAAGCGGGGAUUUCACUGGGAUAAAGUCUCUGACACCUAUCAUGUCCUCCCCCCGCACGAAUAAUCGGUCUCUCUCUCUCUCUCCCCCCCCCCCCUCCCUCUCUCCCCCCCUCCCCCAUCCCCCUCACCCUCUCCUCUCCCCACCCUCCACUACACCCCUCCUCUCCCCCUUCACCCCUUGCCCACAAUCAAUAUCAUGAUGAAAUUUCUCGCCAUAGUUUUAUCAAUAUAACCAUAUUUUCCUACCCAGUCUGCCAUAUAUUUUUUUUAAAUCAUACUUAUGGCCAGUCAGCUUCCCUGAAUGAAACUUUUACAUAAAAUCAUCUUGGUAUAACAGUAAGUUAUUCCUUGACAAAACUAUUCUGUUGUGAUAGUAAUGGGUUGUGCUUCAUGUCUGUGUGUUAAAUAUUUAAAUAUUGGUAUAAUUAAUAAAGCAUUUAAAGGCAAAUUUUUUUUUUUUUUUUUUUUUUUUUUUUUUUUUUUUUUUUUUUUUUUUUUUUUUUUUUUUUUACAUAGAGUCUGACAGUAUCUAAUAUCAGUUGCUCUGGAUGGACUUCCCAUUCUGAAAGUGUUUUCUGGCUAUAAUUUUUUUUAUUUUAGUGGUGUCUGCCCAUGAAAAAGUUUUCAAGGGGAGUAGAUCACUGCAUUAAUAGAUACUGGAAAGUAUUUGUUUGUUUGUUUGUUUCUUUCUAACUAUUUUUUUCUUAGUUUUGGUGUUGUGCAUACUCUCCUAAAUAGGACACAUUUUGUUCUACUGCUUUGUAGGGGUUUUGUAAGCAGUAAAUCAGUUACAGUAAUAUUGAUUGCUCUAAUACAUUCGGAGGGAAAAAUUUAAUUAAUAUUUGUUUGUAGGCCUAAGGCAUUUUACUUUAUAGCUUUGCACUGCUACAUGACAGAAAUUAAUAUGAAAUUACAACUUCUGUUAACUUAAACCAAAAAACUUAAGUCAUGUGCCAGCUGCUGUUGGAGAUUCCUGAAAACCACAAAGGCAGUGAAGUUUUAUGUUUUCAGUUUCCAAUUAUUAUUGUUGCAUUUUGGUGUGAAGCAUGGCUUAAAAUACCAAUGAAACAUAUCGAUCUGGUAAUGUUAUUGGCUAGUAGCAAAACUUUCAUAAUUAUUAUUUUAUUUCUUAACUGCAUUCUGAGUUUUAUUCUGUUUUGAGGAUAACUGGAUUGUGAUGUCUUUGAAGACUGAGUUUUUAAAGAUGUGUGAAUAAUAUGCUCACAGUGCCAGGCAAUAAAUCAUGUCAUUUGACUGUCCCUUCAUAAUAAACAUGCUUUAAACAA